AUGGAAGCCAGACGAUCACCCAUCGGAACAACUGCCCAGGUAAACAAAAUUAUCCACCACAUGGACUGGCUUGUAUGCAAGCUCAAGGUUUGGGUUGAAUCCCACCUACUAUCGAAGCAAACUUUACAAUUUGCAGGUGUGGAGCGCAUGGCAAACUGUGUGACAGAAUCAGCUAAGUCACUUCAAUGGUUCGCGCCUUCGAUGCGCCUGAAGCAAACGUAUAUCGGAUGCACGACCAACAGGCAAUUCCAGAACCAGAAGUUGCUCACAACUAACGCCUACGUUUCAGCCGUUGACAAUGAGAAGAUUAAUGUUGUACGGUUGAGGCAAACAACUUUGAAGUUUCGGAUUUCACCGGUGAAAUUUCCUCUUGACAAACUAGGCGGAACGUGUGAUCAUACCCCUUUAAAGUUUACCAUAUCUCGUGAUCGGCGCGCGCAACGAUUGUUCCUUGACGCGACAAAAGUAGCGUUGGGCGCAGUAACACGGAGAUUCCGAGUUUCACCGAGGGAGAAACUGGAUCGCUUUAGUUGA